AUGUUCUCCGUCAUCCUCCCCAGCCGGCCCUGCCUCACCAACGUAGUUCCCAUACAGUCCGACCCCACCACCCCCGCGACGAACUUCGCCUUCACGUUCUCCGCAGCGCCCAAAUUCUCCCACAUCGUCAUCUUCCUCCUGCCGGGCGUCACCUUACCCGCCAACACAGCAGCAGCUGUCUACAUCCAAUUCCCACCCGACCUCCUCCUCAACCGGAACAGCGGCCCCGAAAACCAAAACCUAACCGCAACCUCAACCCCAACCUCAGCAUCUCCCAACUUCAAGUUCCUCGGCGCAAUCGCCAACGAGAAACCCUCCGCAAUCUUCAAAGUCAACUUUCCCGGCCCCCGACGGCGUACAGAGGCCGAAGAGGAAGAUGACAUGCUGGACGAAGGCGCCACCCGCCCCCUCGCGGAUACAGAUAUAAAUCCCAACGCAACAUUCACGCUAGGAGUCUCCAUCGAGCCCGCGCAGAACGUUGCGGCGAUGAUGGCUAAUCUCCAGAACCAGCUGCAGCCCUCAUUACCGUCCACGACGGAUCUGGUCAGAUUGUCUGGCCAGCAGGCUGCGGCGGCGAAGUUGACGCCGCAGGUCAGUACUAAGAUUCUUGCGCAGCGGAUAAUUGGCAAUGCGUUCAAUUAUCUGGCAAGCUUUGCGGCGUCGGAUCCUAGGGCUGGGGGGGAGGAGGUUGUGCCGUUGAGGGCGUUUAGGGAUUGGUGGACGAAGUUUGAGAGGAGGAUUGACACUGAUCCGGGCUUUUUGGAGAAGGGGGAUGGCGUGUAA